GACUAGCUUGGCUUCGCAGCCCUUUCCCGUGAUGCCUAGCGCUCGGCUGUGACUGUUGCCUGGCAAUAGACGAGCCUAGCUCCCUGGCGCGGAAUGCUCUGCUAGGCCAUGGGGUCGCGGGUUCUCCCGUCGCUCCUGCUGGUGCUCCUAAACGCCUGCACGUCUUCGAGCACCCAGGUCGUUGCUACCCCGGCUGCGGCCACCCCGGCAGUGACGAAGGAGGAUCUCAGUUCCACCAAGGCCACCCCCACCACUCUCCGGCCCUCCCAGUCGCCUAGGACCCCGGGAACUCCCAGGGCACCGGAGCGCUCUGGCCCCGGGCCCACCCCGGUCACGGACGUUGCGGCGCUGUGUGUCUGUGACCUGCUCCCAGCACAGUGUGAUGUCAACUGCUGUUGUGACCCUGACUGCACGCCCGCAGAUUUCAGCGUCUUCUCUGCCUGUUCGGUCUCAGUUGUCACGGGUGACAGGCAGUUUUGUAGUCAGAAGGCAGCCUUCUACUCAAUGAAUUUGACAGCAGACCCGCCUCACCGAGACUUCAAACUCGUUGACCAGAUCAACCCUUCUGUCUUCUGCAUCCAUAUUUCAAACUACAAGCCUGCUUUAUCUUUUGCUAAUCCGGAAGUGCCUGAUGAAAACAAUUUCGACAGACUGAUGCAAACAUCAGGUGGCUUUACACUGAGCACUGAAUCAACUGUCCCAGCCGCAUCAGAUGGCCCACAGCCCACCAAAUAUGAGUACGGAGCUCCUCUACAGACUACAGGAACGUCUUCAGGGUCAUUUCUGAAACUGCCCUCGCCUUUCCCAUCAUCUCUGUGUGCAGAUCAGAACCCUGCAGCGUUCCUGGUGAGCCAGGCCUUCGAAUGCAGCCGAAGGGUGGACAUAGACCAGUGUGAAGGAAUGGAAGCUCUCAGCAUGGCCCACUACAGCAGCCCUGCCAUUCUGAGGGUACCUAAUUCAACGACACAGGUCUCCAUCAAGGUCCAGUCUGUAAUGUAUCGGUCUCUGAAUCACACACUGACCCAGUUAGAAGACCAUGAUGUCCUGCGGCCAUCUCUGGUCAACACUGGGCAAGAUAGACUCUGCAGCAACGUUGUUCUUCAGGUGAAGUACACUCUGCUGUACACAGCCACAGGUCAGAUCCAGGAAGCCGGCCUCUCCCUCCUUCUGGGGACACUGAGCAGCGCAGUGAGUCUCCUGCAGCAGAAGUUUGAGAUUCACUUAAUUCAGCACGGCACCGAGCCCGUUCCUCUCAGCGGCAGCCCUGGCUACAGGGUGGGACUCCCGCUGACCGCUGGCUUUCAGCCUCAGAAGGGGUCUGGGAUUAUUCAGACAAUGAACAGACAAGGCCAGUUUACUAUCCUUCGUAGCACAGGCGAGCAGGAUUGCCUUGCCAACAAGGGGCUCCGCACCCCCGUGCUGUUUGGCUACAAUGUACAGUCUGGCUGUCAGCUCAGGUUGACAGGCACCAUCCCAUGUGGGCUUCUGGCACAGAAGAUGCAGGACUUGCUGAGAGGCCAGGCCUUCCCCGACUAUGUGGCUGCAUUUGGGAACUCCCGGGCCCAGGAUGUGCAGGACUGGGUGCCUGUGCACUUUGUCACCUACUCCUCCAACAUGAAGGGCUCUUGCCAGCUUCCGGUGGCUUUGGGUAUAGAAGUGAAAUGGACUAAGUAUGGGUCCCUGCUGAACCCCCAGGCCAGGAUAGUCAAUGUCACCGCCCAGCUCAUCUCAAUUACAGAGCCCCUCCCAGGGCCUGAGAGGACCAUCGUCAUUUCCACUGUGGUGACAUUUGUGGAUGUGUCAGCCCCUGCAGAGGCAGGCUUCCGAGCCCCGCCCACCAUCAACGCCAGGCUGCCCUUCAGCUUCUUCUUUCCAUUUGUGUGAUGAGGUGGCCCUGCAGGAGUGAGUACCCAUCCUGGAGGGUACUAAUGCAGUACCGGGUACCUGGGCCCCUGGCUCAAGAGGACAUGAACCUAGCUGCCACCUCCCCUUGGUGCAGCCCUCUGCCCCACUCCACUGCCUUUUCCCUCUCAGAGACUUUACUCUGCUGGCCUACAGUGUUGGGUCAGAUGGGUCCAGCACCUGUAUACAGGUCAAAGGCCACGUCACUCUGGGAGAUGGGAGAGAACAGAGCCUGACGUAGCAAUGCAUGGAGAGCCUCUGAGGUGCAUCAUCCCUGGUCUAGUGGGAGUUGUCUUCAGAAUGCCUGUCAGCAUUUGAGAAGUACAGACCAGCAAAAGGCUGUGUAAAACCAUGUGCCCACAAGGGGAUUGUACCCCAAGAUCAUGCUAAUUACACAGCAGUCUUGGGGCCCUGCCGUGUGCUGGCGGUAUAACUGGUGGGCUGGUGUGGGCUGCCACCAAGGAGAGAAUGUGGUGGGUGAGCCCCGGGGAAGGAGCAUGCUUAUUUUAUACAGUAAUUGUACAGUAAUUGAAAGAGAUGCUGGUGGGUGCAGAGCCGAUUUGAAGCUGAUGGUACAGCUGGAUGCUGCAGAGGAGGAGCUGGGUACCAUGAUGACUCCCCUAGGAAAUGCAGCAGGAAAAGCUGGGGACCUUCUAGUAAAGAAAGGUUUUUCAGAA